CGGCAUACAUGGGAUAAGAGGAUGCCCUAAUUUCAAUUAAUCAACGUCUUCUUAUCUAAUUGCUACGUACUCAAAGUCAUUUGCAUUGUUUCUACUUGGACAAAUUAAGGUCAACAUUUUAAUUAGCUAAUUAAGGUUUUCUUUCUGCCAUGAGUUUUGACUUUGACGUCUAGUGGAUAGAUUUUCUUUUAUGACUAGUAGAUAGUUAGUUCAUUACCAACCAAUUAAGCAUGUGUGGAUUUCGAAUUAACGUGGAUGAGGUGGAUAUAUUAUCAUAUAGUGGUAUGAAUGUUAUACUAUUCUCGAUAAUUUGAAUUACUAGACCAAUUGAAUCUGGACAUACCACAUAUAAGAAUUUGUAUUUAAAAAGGUUUUUUAUAAAAAAAUCAAUUGGUUCUAAUAAUCUAAGUUAUUGAGAAAUGUUCCGUACGAAUCUUACAUUAUUUACUAACAUGCUCCAUCAAACGAAAGUUCAUUUAUGUUCCAACUAUCACGUGAUUACAUUGAGAUCGUUGGAAUUUGAAUACAGUAAGAUCUUAUCGAAGCCUUUGAUAUAUAUAUAUAAUACCAAUAACCAUGGAACGGUCUAACUUCCACUCCAAAAUUGUAUCCGGAUUUCCAAAUGCAUGCACGUUUGCUUCCACACAUAUUGGAUAAACUUCUUCAUUAACAAUAAGUAUACAUAAACAAGUAGGAUAAUAUAUGGCAAGCUGGUUAAGCAAUGCAAGUAGUGGAAGUUGGUCUAUUUUUCAAUAUUUUCUUCCUCCUAUAUGUAUGGUGUAUACUUUUCUACGUGGAAAUUAAGCCAGUCUCUUGUAAUCUUGUUGGUCAACUUUGCUGGCCGGUUUUCAUGUGGUUUGGUAACGUUUGAAGAUUUAUUUUGAUGGCUGAUUUUGGCCUUGAGAUUUUAGAACUCCGAUCUUAGAAUAGAUAUAUGAUUUCAUUCAUGCUAUCACUGUUAAAACUUGUGAGAAACCCCAUCAUAUAAUCAUCUUCUAAAAUCCUAGUUGUUUAAGUAGAUAAUGUACAACGAUCAAUUAGAUGAUUACAGUUUAAUAAUUUUUUAUAUUUAGAAUAGAUAUCCCGAGAACAGUAUAAUGAUAUUAAAAUUAAAAAAUCUACCUAUACGAUAGGGAAUGAAAAUAGAGUUUUCGAGCCUUUAAAUGAACUACCGUAGCUAGGACUGUUAGUUUGGCUUGGUUAAGCAACCAUAACCAUUAAUCAUGAAAAAUGAAAAUAAAUCAGGUGAAUUUCCCAAAACCAAAACCAAAUUAGGGGAACCCAUAUGAUAAGUCCUUUGACGGGUUUGAUUGGAUAAACCAAACACGUAGUUCGGUAACUCCAAAAUGAAGUCAGAAAAGACAACGAGAAACAUGAAGAUAGAAAAAGUCCACUACACAUAACUAAUAAUUGGUGACGACACGUGUAAUUGAUAGGAAUUGACUUGGUCAGGGUGUUAUUGAUUUUUUCUUUUCAUCAUAACCAAUAAGAUGCUAAACAAUUUUAAAAUGCACAACCAAAAUUUUUUUUUUUUGAAGAACACAACCAAAAUCAUUGACGUUCUUAUAUGUUCAGUUUCCGUUAAAACCGAAAACCAAACUGAAAGCCCUAACCUACCUUCAUCACGAACAAAGCACCACUAGAAACCUUGGUCUAGCUAGAUAGUCCCUCUCUUAUUUUGAUACAACAUCCCAUGUUGGUUGUUAGUCCUCCUGUAUAUUUUGAUACAACAUCCCAUUUUGGUUGUUGAUACUUGGUCCAUUCUCUUCCAGUUUCCUGCUAUUUCGUCUCUGUUUUCAGCAUCUCCAAAUCUGAACAAGUGGACAAAUCUUCCAAAAAUUUGAUGCGUUUGGUUCAAGUUCUAUUGCACCAAAACCAUCAACCAUAUAUAACUCGUACAUCACAUUUUGAUACAUGACUACAAGAUUUUCUUAACAUACUUGUGAUUGCCGAACUACCUACAAAAUGUUUGGGUAGUUUACUUUUAUGCCUUCCUAACUAACUAGUACAUCAAUUAAUGAAAGGCGUUAAAGAUUUGAAUUCACACAUGGAUUGGAAGGUUUGGCAUUUCAUUAGUACUCCUACAUACUGUCAUCGUAGUGGCUACGGAUAGAACCAUUGUGUCCGUCUGGAAUACUCUACAUGGACUUUUGGGACGUUCAUAAUCCUCGACGUUUGCCGUCUUUGAUAAAUCUCUCUCCUCGUAAUAAAAAUUAAUCAAAGGAUAAAUUAUAGACAACUCAAAAUUAUCCAUCCAUUUGAAUGAAAAUACAAUCAAUCUACAACAAUGUAUAGAUAUGUAAAGCAAAAAAUACUAAUUGUCAAGUCAAUCCAAAUAUUUACAGAUUCGCAUGGCGUACGUGGCUUUCCAUUUCUCUCCUAACCAAUACUAAUCCUCUUUUAUGGACUUCCCUAAACCAAAAACAAAAAACCAAAAAACAAAUUUAAUAAAUUAUAAGUUUGUUACGUGAUGAUAAUAUCAGAGAGGGAGUAAACAGUAAUUUACGGUGCACACCACUCUCUCUAUAAAUAUAGGGGGAAAGAGAGGAGACGAGAAGCUACAGAUACCAAUUAGUUACUCUCCCCUUCAUCGGCGGAAAAUCAGAUAUGGCGACGGUUUUCAGAAUCGGUGACGGUUUAUUCGCCCUUAUCUCCUUAAAACUACUCUUGUUGCUUGUUGUUGCGGUUGUUUGCCUUCCCGGCCGCGGCUCGCCGUCGCCGUUGCUCGACGGUGGUCAUCAACAUAAUAUUUCGACUGAUGCGUCGGCGUUUAACCGUCGUAGCUUCCCGCCGGGAUUUCUCUUUGGGACUGCGUCGUCUGCUUAUCAGUAUGAAGGUGCGGCAGCUGAAGGUGGGAGAGGACCCAGCAUUUGGGAUACUUUCACUAAGAUUCCAGGUAAAAUUGGCGACGGCAGCACUGGGGACAUUGCGGUUGAUUCGUAUCACCGUUACAAGGAGGAUGUUAAAAUUAUGAAGAACAUGGGUUUAGAUGCCUACAGGUUUUCAAUAUCUUGGUCUCGAAUAUUACCUAAUGGAAAAGUGAGUGGUGGUGUUAAUCAAGAAGGAGUCGCGUAUUACAACAACCUCAUCGACGAACUUCUGGCUAAUGGCAUAAAACCUUUCGUAACCCUCUUCCAUUGGGACCUUCCUCAAGCUUUGGAAGAUGAAUACGAGGGCUUCCUCAGCCCUAAAAUAGCGGACGAUUUUGCUGCAUACUCUAAUGUUUGCUUCAAACUAUUCGGGGAUCGAGUUAAGCAUUGGAUCACACUGAACGAACCACUCACCUACACCCAAGGCGGUUACGUGAUGGGAGACUUUGCACCGGGUCAUUGCUCGAAAUCGGUCAAUAGUAAGUGCACGAAGGGCGACUCCGCGACAGAACCGUACUUGGUAACACACAACCAGCUUCUUGCUCAUGCGGCCGCCGUGAAGGUGUACAGAGAGAAGUACAAGGCAAACCAAAAGGGGAUGAUAGGGAUUACACUAGUGUCAUCUUGGUAUGUCCCCUUCUCUCAGUCCAAACAUGACCACGAGGCUCAACAACGCGCACUCGACUUUUCGUAUGGAUGGUUUUUGGACCCGUUGAUUAGAGGGGAGUACCCUAAAUCCAUGAGGACCCUCGUAGGGAACCGAUUGCCCAAGUUUUCCGAGGAGGAAUCGAAGCUAGUGAAUGGCUCACUUGAUUUUCUUGGGUUGAACUAUUACACGUCUAGCUAUGCAGCCAAUGUGAAUCCAGUCAACUCCCUGAAUGCGACCUACUUGACAGACUCCAGAGCCAAGCUCUCCAGUGAAAGGAAUGGGGAACCCAUUGGCCCUCGGGCGGCUUCCAUGUGGCUGUACAUUUACCCUAAUGGGAUCGAAGAGCUGGUAAUGUACACGAAGGAGAAGUACAAUAACCCACUUAUUUACAUUACUGAAAACGGUGUGGAUGAGGUAAAUAAUGAGGGUUUGAGCUUGGAGCAUGCUCUUGCCGAUGAAACCAGGAUUUAUUACUAUCACCAACAUCUUGCUUCCCUCAACAAAGCAAUCAAGAGAGGAGCGAACGUUAAAGGAUACUUUGCGUGGUCGUUGCUCGACAAUUUCGAAUGGGCGUCGGGGUACACAGUUCGGUUUGGAAUCAAUUAUGUGGAUUACAAAAACGGGUUGAAAAGAUAUCCUAAACAUUCUGCUCGUUGGUUCAGAAGCUUCCUGAAAAAAGAAUAGGGUUAGUCAUAUAUACCCUAGAUUCAUUAGGUUGAUUCUGUAAAAAAAUAAAGAUAGGCAAUCAACUUGAUGUCAAAGGAGUCGGAUAAUAUUGUAGGUAAAAACUUUAGGCAAGACGUCAUUAAUUGUCUUUACUUCAUCUAUCUCUUCGUCUAAUACAUGAUCUCACCAUAUAGUGGCAAUGAUAGCGAUGAUCAGGGCGGCUUCGUCGGCUUUGCCAGGUGAUCGUGGAUUCUAGGCUCAGCUUAUUGUAUAUUCGGCUCAUUAAGUUUACCAAUUGGGUCUACAAUCUCUUGGGCUAUUCAGACUUGGUUAGCCCAAUAUUCCCAACAACCAUUUUGCACGUCUUGAUCUUGGGCUCUUCAUGCUUGGUAUAGGAAGGGCCAGACCCUGCGGCCCAUGUAUUAACAAGGAAUGCCAACGAGUCGAGUUUGUGGCGGAUAGUACUAAAUUCAGGCCUUGCUCCACCCUGCAGAUCGUAACUCUUACAUACUUUGAUACAUAUCUCCAUUUUGGUUGUUGAUACUUCGUCCAUUUUAUUCAAUUUCCUGUUGUUUCGUCUCUGUUUUCCAAUAUCUCCAAAUUUGAACAAGUGAACAAGUCUUCCAAAGAUUUGAUGCGUUUGGUUCAAGUUUUUACUGCACCAAGACAAUCGGCCAUAACUCAUAGAUAUAUCAUAUAUCACAUCUUAACACAUGACUACAAGAUUUUCUUAACGUACUUGUCAUUGCCGAACUACCUACAAAAUGUUGGGUAAUUAACUUUUUGCCUUCCAAACUAAUUAGUACAUUAAUUAAUGAAAGGUCUUUAUAGAUUCGAAUUCACAAAGCCACGAACUGGAAGGUUGGCAGUCAUCAUUCCUACAUUGUGGUCGUAGUACUGACAGGACCACUGUGUUCGUCUAUAACACUCGUACAUGGACUUGUGGGAUGCUCAUAAUGACCGAAAUUAACCGUCUUCGAUAAAUCUCUCUCCUCAUAACGAAAAAAAAUUAUGGACAACUCAAAAUUAUCCAUCUAUUUGAAUGAAAAUAAAAUCAAUCUACAAUAUAUAUAUAUAUAUAUAUAUAUAUAUAUAUAUAUAUAUAUAUAUAUAUAUAUGCGAGUUGUACGGUAAAUAGGGUGAAAUCCGAGGUACCGCAUACCUUGAGUAUGGAAACGCCAUCCAGACCUUGAAUUGAUUGAUCUUUUGGACAUGAUACUAUACUCUAACCCUUAAAGAUCAAAAUCUAGGUAUUAGUUCCCUAAAUCUUAUACCCUAAGAUCAAUUUAAUUGGAAACAAUAAUCGACGUCUAUGAUUCGUCCAAAUAUAAGCGCAAAAAAAAAAUAUGAAUGCUCCGUCUUAGGCUUUAUAGUUUAUGAUUUAGAUAAUUAGGACCUAGGAUUCAUUCAUUAAGGGUUAGGGUAUAGUACCAAGCCCAAAAAUUAUGCUAUUUCAAGGUCUAGAUAGUGUUUUCAUACUCAAGGUAUGCGGUACCCUGGAUUUCACCUGGGGUACUGUAGAAGCCAUCAUAUAUAUAGAGGUGGCUACUUCGAUGCACUCACUUUUCUUAGUGCGUUGAAUGCACCCACCUCUAAAAGUAGCAUACUACAUCAAAAUUUGAACUUUAAUUAAUAGUAUUAGUAUAAUAUGAUGAUAUAACAUAGAAUCACAAAUAAUAAAUCCAUUACCCUAACCCUUUAACCUUCAAUUUUGAAUCAAAACCCAAAUCCCCAAAUUUUAAACAUAAACCCUAAAUAAUCAUUCAAAUUAAAG